AUGCAGGCCCUGGAAGAGUUCGUGAGGAAUGCCUCCCGGGUUGAUGGACAAUCAUCUGGGAUCUUCAAAGACGACGACAGCUCCAGAAGCUUGAGGCAAUUCUCUUUUCCAAGCCCUGCGAGCUCUUCUAGUCCUGGUACACACACAAGGACAGUCUCGAUGCCCUCUUAUGAGAAGCCAGAGACUUGGAUCACAACGCCCCGGGCCGAACCUACACCAAGCUCCCUCCGAUCUGAGUCGGUCUCGAGCGAUCACAUCCCAUACAGUGAGCCCAUGCUAGAGCAAUUGAGCUUCCCUUCGGCAAUGGAUGAGGCCAUGCCAGAAGAGGGCGCCGCAGAGAAUGAUGCAUAUUUGGGAUACACCAGCAUGUUUCCUUACUUGGAAGAUGAUGCUGUUGCAAGAGGUUCCGGAGCCAACGGCCCUGCACCUCUUCCUAAUAGACAGCCUUGCGUACCAUCUGAAGUACAUCCAGAGCCAGAACCUAUUGUCGCGCAUCUUCUCGAUCUCUUUUGGCAGUGGCAGGCGCCUCAUUUGCUCAUGAUCGAUCGCGACUUGUUUGUCCGUCAUCGGAAGCUUUGGGACGACAGUGGAGGUCAAGGCGACCGCACUUUCUAUACUUCGACUCUAUUAUACGCGAUACUUUCGUUGGCUUCGAUGAUCAGUCUUGACAAGGGCGUUGUGCGUUACUCUGCAUCAUCUGGCGGACUUGCUGGCGACAAUUUUGCGACGAGGGCGCGUGAGCUGCUCGAGUUCGAAGUUGAGCACCCGGCCAUCACAACAGUCCAAACAGCAUUGGUCCUGGGCUUUAGGUUUGAGGCAGCAGGGAACACCUCUUUGGGCUGGAUGUACAGUGGCAUGGCGUCCAGGAUAGCAAGUGACCUGAGGUUGCAUCUUGACUGCUCAAAAGCGUUGAGGUCUGGGAGAAUGAGCUCUGAUGAGGCAAAACUGAGGCAAAGAGUAUUUUGGGCAUGCCAUCAAGCAGAUGUUCUACUAAGUGCUUGUCGUGGGCGUCCACCUACAUUCAGAGAUGACGACAUUACUACAUCUAUACCAGAACGGCAAGUCGAGAAGGAAGUUGGCGGCGAUGAAGACUGCUCUUUAUGCUAUCUCCAUGCGUCUUCAACUCUGUCGAUUUUGUGUUCGAAAACCCAGACUAUGAUUUAUGGUAAAAGAAACCGACGAACCCCGAGCGAGCUGAGAUCGACAGCUCGGCGAUUGCAUGAAGAGUUGUGGCAGUGGCAUCGGAUAUUGCCACAAAGUUUGAAAUGGUCUGGUGACGAAAGCGUUAGAACACCUCCGGAAGUCUUGAGCCUGCACAUGAACUUCUACUUCAACCUCAUAAUGCUACACCGACCUUUCAUGAACCUCUCUCGAGUUACUGCAGAUCUCAACAUGAAAGAUUCGACCUCUUUCAGCUCAUCAAUUGCGUGUUGCAAAGCUGCGACAAAAAUUUCGAAACUAGCUCUUGCCCAUCGCAAGUUGUACAACAUCAAGCAGAUGCCACCAUCUGCAAUUCACUUCAUUUUUAUUGCCGGAACAAUACAUCUCAUCGCCAGCCGCCUGAGCGGAGAGACACCCCAUGAAAACCUUCUGCAGAGCUGUAUGGAAAUGCUUUCAGAGUUGAGCAACUCGUAUCCUACAUCAAAGAGGGCGCACCAGAUUCUACGGGACAUGACAGAGAACUGGAAAACCUCAGAAAAAUCCAAAUCUAGCAUCCAGGCUGUUCACCAUAGCCAUACAUUACAUGAUGUUCUAGGGGAGACCACAGGUCAAGGAUCGGAUUUCCAAGUUGCGGGCACCAUAGCUAGCAAGGCUGGGGAAGUAAAAUCAGACAUGGCCAAAAGUCAAAGAUGCUUGGAUGCGUCAUCACCUACUGACAUCCUUCACGACGUCAACCUGUAUGAUCACAUCACACUUGGGCAAGGCGGUAACAACUGUGGUUUCCUGGGCUCCGGAAUCGAGUGGCUUUCGGAUAACGACCUUUUCGAAAGCAUUGCCGGGGCCGACAGCUCUUUUUCAUACGCAUAG